UGGUAGUGUCUAGAAAGGGUAUGUCCCUUCAAGAGAGAGGUGCCAAUGUCCAACCGGCCUAAUAACAAUCCAGGGGGGUCACUGCGACGUUCACAGAGGAACACUGCCGGGGCCCAACCACAAGACGACUCAAUAGGAGGAAGGUCACAUUUAGGGCAGGCAAAACAUAAGGGAUAUAUCCCUCCUGAGAGUAGAAAAUCUAAUUUUAAGGCACCCAAAGUGCAGUCUAAUACUACUUCUGAACUGUCAAGGGGACACCUUUCUAAAAGAAGCUGCAGUUCAUCAUCUGCUGUCAUAGUUCCACAACCAGAGGAUUCAGACAGAGCCAAUACUUCAGAAAGGCAGACAACGGGACAGGUGCCUAAGAAAGACAAUUCUCGAGGAGUGAAACGCAGUGCUAGUCCGGACUACAACAGGACCAAUUCUCCUAGCUCUGCAAAAAAGCCCAGAGCAUUUCAGCAUAUUGAGUCUCUCUCAGAAACCAAUAAGCCACAUAGUAAGUCAAAGAAGAGACAUUUAGACCAGGAGCAACAACUGAAAUCUGCACAAUUGCCGUCAACAAGCAAGGCUCACACCAGAAAGAGUGUGGCUGCUGGUAGUUCACGGAGUCAGAAAAGAAAGAGGACAGAGAGUUCUUGUGUAAAGAGUGGUUCUGGGUCUGAAUCAACUGGUGCCGAAGAGAGAUCUGCAAAACCCACCAAGCUGGCUUCAAAAUCGGCCACCUCAGCCAAAGCUGGGUGUAGCACCAUCACUGAUUCUUCUUCUGCUGCCUCUACUUCCUCUUCAUCUUCGGCUGUAGCCUCGGCCUCUUCUACUGUACCACCAGGUGCCAGGGUGAAACAAGGAAAAGACCAGAACAAGGCCAGGCGUUCCCGUUCAGCAUCCAGCCCUAGCCCCAGAAGAAGUAGCAGGGAAAAGGAACAGAGUAAAACUGGUGGCUCUUCAAAAUUUGAUUGGGCUGCUCGCUUCAGCCCUAAAGUUAGCCUACCUAAAACAAAACUGUCUCUUCCAGGGUCUUCUAAGUCAGAGACAUCAAAACCUGGACCUUCUGGAUUACAGGCCAAAUUAGCAAGUUUAAGAAAGUCUACCAAGAAGCGCAGUGAGUCCCCACCUGCUGAGCUCCCCAGUUUGAGGAGGAGCACACGCCAAAAGACCACGGGCUCCUGUGCUAGUACCAGUCGGCGAGGCUCUGGCCUGGGCAAGAGAGGAGCAGCUGAGGCCCGGCGGCAAGAGAAAAUGGCAGAACCCGAAAGCAACCAGGAGACAGUAAAUUCCUCAGCUGCCCGGACAGAUGAGGCUCCCCAAGGAGCUGCAGCCUCUAGUUCUGUUGCAGGGGCUGUUGGCAUGACCACCUCUGGGGAGAGUGAAUCGGAUGAUUCUGAGAUGGGACGAUUACAAGCUCUGCUAGAGGCCAGGGGUCUUCCUCCUCACCUGUUUGGUCCUCUUGGUCCUCGGAUGUCCCAGCUUUUCCAUAGAACAAUUGGAAGCGGAGCUAGUUCUAAGGCCCAGCAGCUUCUUCAAGGACUACAAGCAAGUGAUGAAAGUCAGCAGCUUCAGGCAGUCAUUGAAAUGUGUCAGCUGUUGGUCAUGGGAAAUGAGGAGACACUAGGAGGGUUUCCUGUGAAGAGUGUUGUUCCAGCUUUGAUAACAUUGCUACAGAUGGAACAUAACUUUGACAUUAUGAAUCAUGCUUGCCGAGCCUUAACAUAUAUGAUGGAAGCACUCCCUCGGUCAUCUGCUGUUGUGGUAGACGCCAUUCCUGUCUUCUUAGAAAAGCUACAAGUUAUUCAGUGUAUUGAUGUGGCAGAGCAGGCCUUGACUGCCUUGGAGAUGUUGUCACGGCGACACAGUAAAGCCAUUUUACAAGCAGGUGGUUUGGCAGACUGCUUGCUGUAUCUAGAAUUCUUCAGCAUAAAUGCCCAAAGAAAUGCACUAGCAAUUGCAGCCAAUUGCUGCCAGAGUAUCACACCAGAUGAGUUUCAUUUUGUGGCAGAUUCCCUACCAUUGCUUACCCAAAGGCUAACUCAUCAGGACAAAAAGUCAGUAGAAAGCACUUGCCUUUGUUUUGCACGUUUAGUGGACAACUUUCAACAUGAGGAGAAUUUACUGCAGCAGGUUGCUUCCAAAGAUUUACUUACAAAUGUUCAACAACUGUUGGUAGUGACUCCACCAAUAUUGAGUUCUGGGAUGUUCAUAAUGGUGGUCCGCAUGUUUUCUCUGAUGUGUUCUAACUGCCCAACAUUAGCUGUUCAACUUAUGAAACAAAACAUUGCAGAAACACUUCAUUUUCUUUUAUGUGGUGCCUCCAAUGGAAGUUGUCAAGAGCAGAUUGAUCUUGUUCCACGAAGUCCUCAAGAGCUGUAUGAACUGACAUCUCUGAUUUGUGAACUUAUGCCAUGUUUACCAAAAGAAGGCAUUUUUGCAGUUGAUACCAUGUUGAAGAAGGGAAAUGCGCAGAACACAGAUGGUGCAAUAUGGCAGUGGCGGGAUGACCGAGGCCUCUGGCAUCCCUAUAACAGGAUUGACAGCCGGAUCAUUGAGGUAGCAGCCCAUCAGGUCGGUGAGGAUGAGAUAAGCUUGUCCACUCUGGGACGAGUUUAUACUAUUGAUUUUAAUUCUAUGCAGCAAAUCAAUGAGGACACGGGAACAGCACGUGCCAUUCAGAGAAAACCCAACCCCUUAGCCAAUACUAACACUAGUGGAUAUUCAGAGUUAAAGAAGGAUGAUGCCCGAGCACAGCUAAUGAAAGAAGAUCCGGAACUGGCUAAGUCUUUCAUUAAGACCUUAUUUGGUGUUCUCUAUGAAGUGUAUAGCUCCUCAGCCGGACCUGCGGUCAGACAUAAGUGCCUUAGAGCAAUUCUUAGGAUAAUUUAUUUUGCUGAUGCUGAACUUCUGAAAGAUGUUCUGAAAAAUCAUGCUGUUUCAAGUCACAUUGCUUCUAUGCUGUCAAGUCAAGACCUGAAGAUAGUAGUUGGAGCACUUCAGAUGGCAGAAAUCUUAAUGCAAAAGUUACCUGAUAUUUUUAGUGUUUACUUCAGGAGAGAAGGUGUGAUGCAUCAAGUAAAACAUUUAGCAGAAUCAGAGACUUUGUUGACAAGCCCUCCAAAGGCAUGUACAAAUGGGUCAGGAUCCCUGGGGUCCACAACACCAGCCAGCAGUGGGACAGCCACGGCUGCAACCAAUGCCUCAGCUGAUCUGGGGUCACCCAGCUUGCAGCAUAGCAGAGAUGAUUCUCUGGACCUGAGCCCUCAAGGUCGAUUAAGUGAUGUUCUCAAGAGAAAACGCCUGCCAAAACGAGGGCCAAGAAGGCCAAAGUAUUCACCUCCAAGAGAUGAUGACAAAGUAGACAAUCAAGCAAAAAGCCCCACCACAACUCAGUCACCUAAAUCUUCAUUCCUGGCAAGCUUGAAUCCAAAAACAUGGGGAAGGUUAAGCGCACAGUCCAACAGCAACAACAUUGAGCCAGCACGAACUGCAGGAGUUAGUGGUCUUGCCAGGGCAGCCUCAAAAGACACCAUAUCUAAUAAUAGAGAAAAAAUUAAAGGUUGGAUUAAGGAGCAGGCACACAAAUUUGUUGAGCGUUACUUUAGUUCUGAGAAUUUGGAUGGAAGUAACCCUGCCUUGAAUGUCCUUCAGAGACUUUGUGCUGCAACUGAACAACUCAACCUCCAGGUGGAUGGUGGAGCUGAGUGCCUUGUAGAAAUCCGUAGCAUAGUCUCAGAGUCAGAUGUUUCAUCAUUUGAAAUCCAACAUAGUGGAUUUGUGAAACAACUAUUGCUGUAUUUGACAUCUAAAAGUGAAAAGGAUGCUGUCAGCAGAGAGAUCCGAUUAAAGCGAUUCCUUCAUGUCUUUUUUUCUUCUCCUCUUCCUGGAGAAGAGCCCGUUGGAAGAGUAGAACCAGUGGGCCAUGCGCCUUUGUUAGCACUAGUUCACAAGAUGAACAACUGCCUCAGCCAAAUGGAACAAUUCCCAGUUAAAGUGCAUGAUUUCCCUAGUGGAAAUGGGGCUGGAGGCAGCUUUUCUCUCAACAGAGGAUCACAAGCUUUAAAAUUUUUCAACACACAUCAGUUAAAAUGUCAGUUACAAAGACACCCAGACUGUGCAAAUGUGAAGCAGUGGAAAGGCGGACCUGUCAAGAUUGAUCCCCUGGCUUUGGUGCAAGCUAUUGAGAGAUAUCUUGUGGUUAGAGGGUAUGGAAGAGUAAGAGAAGAUGAUGAAGACAGUGAUGAUGAUGGAUCAGAUGAGGAAAUAGAUGAAUCUCUGGCUGCUCAGUUUUUAAAUUCAGGAAAUGUAAGGCACAGGCUACAGUUUUAUAUUGGAGAACAUUUACUACCAUAUAACAUGACCGUGUAUCAGGCAGUGCGGCAAUUCAGUGUACAGGCUGAAGAUGAAAGAGAAUCCACUGAUGAUGAGAGCAAUCCUCUGGGAAGAGCUGGUAUUUGGACAAAGACUCAUACAAUAUGGUACAAACCCGUCAGAGAGGAUGAAGAAAGUAGUAAAGAUUGUGUUGGUGGUAAAAGGGGGAGAGCUCAAACAGCUCCAACAAAAACUUCCCCCAGAAAUGCAAAGAAGCAUGAUGAGUUAUGGCAUGAUGGAGUGUGCCCGUCUGUAUCGAAUCCUUUAGAAGUUUACCUCAUUCCCACACCACCCGAAAAUAUCACCUUUGAAGACCCAUCCUUAGAUGUAAUCCUUCUUUUAAGAGUUUUACAUGCCAUCAGUCGAUACUGGUAUUACUUGUAUGAUAAUGCGAUGUGUAAGGAGAUUAUUCCAACUAGUGAAUUCAUUAACAGUAAAUUAACAGCAAAAGCAAAUAGGCAGCUUCAAGAUCCUCUAGUAAUCAUGACAGGAAACAUCCCAACAUGGCUCACUGAGCUAGGAAAAACCUGCCCAUUUUUCUUUCCUUUUGACACCCGACAAAUGCUUUUUUAUGUAACUGCAUUUGAUCGGGACCGCGCAAUGCAAAGAUUACUUGAUACCAACCCAGAGAUCAAUCAGUCUGAUUCGCAAGACAGCAGAGUUGCACCUAGAUUGGAUAGAAAAAAACGCACUGUGAACCGAGAGGAGCUGCUGAAACAAGCUGAGUCUGUGAUGCAGGACCUUGGUAGCUCACGGGCCAUGUUAGAAAUCCAGUAUGAAAAUGAGGUUGGUACAGGUCUUGGGCCAACACUGGAGUUUUAUGCACUUGUUUCUCAGGAACUACAGAGAGCUGACUUGGGUCUCUGGAGAGGUGAAGAAGUAACUCUUAGUAAUCCAAAAGGAAGCCAAGAAGGGACCAAGUAUAUUCAAAACCUCCAGGGCCUGUUUGCACUUCCCUUUGGUAGGACAGCUAAGCCAGCUCAUAUCGCAAAGGUUAAGAUGAAGUUUCGCUUCUUAGGAAAAUUAAUGGCUAAGGCUAUCAUGGAUUUCAGAUUGGUGGACCUUCCCCUCGGCCUGCCAUUUUAUAAAUGGAUGUUGCGGCAGGAGACUUCCCUGACAUCUCAUGAUUUAUUUGACAUUGAUCCUGUUGUAGCCAGAUCAGUUUAUCACCUAGAAGACAUUGUCAGACAGAAGAAAAGACUGGAGCAGGAUAAAUCCCAGACCAAAGAGAGUCUACAGUAUGCAUUGGAAACUCUUACAAUGAAUGGCUGCUCAGUGGAAGAUCUGGGAUUGGAUUUUACACUGCCAGGGUUUCCCAACAUUGAACUGAAGAAAGGAGGAAAGGAUAUACCAGUCACUAUUCAUAAUUUGGAGGAAUACCUAAGAUUGGUGAUAUUCUGGGCACUAAAUGAAGGUGUUUGUCGGCAGUUUGACUCAUUCAGAGAUGGAUUUGAAUCGGUCUUCCCACUCAGCCAUCUUCAGUACUUCUACCCAGAAGAGCUGGAUCAACUCCUGUGUGGCAGUAAAGCAGACACUUGGGAUGCAAAGACACUGAUGGAGUGCUGUAGGCCUGAUCAUGGCUAUACUCACGAUAGUCGGGCUGUGAAGUUCUUGUUUGAGAUUCUCAGUAGUUUUGAUAAUGAGCAGCAGAGGUUGUUUCUCCAGUUUGUAACUGGUAGCCCACGAUUGCCAGUUGGAGGAUUCCGGAGUUUAAAUCCACCUUUGACAAUUGUGCGGAAGACAUUUGAAUCAACAGAAAACCCAGAUGACUUCUUACCCUCUGUAAUGACAUGUGUGAACUAUCUUAAGUUGCCGGACUACUCGAGCAUUGAGAUAAUGCGUGACAAACUGUUGAUAGCAGCAAGAGAAGGCCAACAGUCGUUCCAUCUUUCCUGAUCACAACAAGAAAUCAGUGUCUGCCUGUUACAGCAAAAGAAAAAAAAAAAUCAUGAUUUCUUUUCUAUGUGUCACCUGAGUCAAGGAAACAUGUUCCUCCCUCUUGUUGUAGGAAAAUGGCUUGCAGAUUAUAAUUCAUAAUGGCCCCGUGGACUUAAAGUGAUCAGGCCCUAAAGCAUUGUUGUGAUGAGGUUUCUUUAGCAAGUUCUUGUUUAAAUUAUCAUUUAUUUGAUGAGUGAAGUUUUUAACUUGCUUUGCUGUGUGAAAUUACAAAGGGUUGUUUUUUUCAGGCUGGAACAAUAAAUGUCGCUGUGCAGUUUAA